AUGGCGAACUCCAGCACUCCGAGAGAAGCAGUGGAGGAAAUGAUAGAACUGCUCCUGGAAAAUGGAGGAGAAUUAGAACUCGCGGGUCUAAUACUGCAACUCAGUUCACGCAACCGUCGUUUGGUGUCAGAUUUCGGAGCGUUGGAUUUCGUGAAACGCCUUCCGCAGCUUUUUAGUCAGGCUAGGAUAGGGAAGUCCAAACCGAAAGUAAUGGUUAAGUUAGAUAUCCCGCUAGAAUUUUGUUCUCAAGCUGGAGAGAAGGGCGGAUGUGUUGCAGAAGGGUGCAUUGCUCUUCAUUUAUGUCCUUUCUUUAUCAAGGGAACCUGCAAAUUCGGCUUUAAGUGCAAAAGAUCUCACAAUUAUGGUGACGAACAUACGGUUAGUGUUCUAAAUCACUUCCGUCUCGGUUUCUUAACGAAGCAUCCUUCACAUUCCCUUUUACAAUGGAUUUUCAAAAUGAUCGUAGAUGAAAGUGAACUACAACGAGCUGCUGCCAAAAGAUCUGUUCCAGAGAUUUGUAAAUUCUAUAACAAAGCGACCUGUAAAAAAGGGGACAAUUGUCCAUACUUGCACGUGUGUGAACGUUUCAUUGAUGGAGAUUGUAAGUUUGGCGAAGGCUGUAAAAGGGAGCAUGAUUUCUCUGACCCUCAUAACAAAAAAGUGCUCAAACAAUAUGACAUGGAUGGGAUCAGUGAGCUGAAAGUGCUUCAGCGCUUGAAUGGCAGAGAAAGAAAGCGUACAGUCAGUAGAAGCUCUGACGUUGAAAACCUCGUGACAGUAUUUCCCAAAACAGCAAAUCUCAAUGCCCUGGUUCCUACCACCCAAGUAAAGGAUGAAAAGGAAAAGGACACUGAAAUUUGUGGAUUUAAUCUGCGUGGCAAGUGUAACUAUGGCAACAACUGUAUCCAUCAUCACACAGAGCUACCUUACUUGUGGGAAUUUUCUGUACAUGGCGAAAAGUGGGAGAGCUUUUCAAGUGAUCUAAAUACAAUGCUAGAGCAAACCUACUGUGAUGUUAAAAAAGGCAGCUGUACAGCAAUGAUCAGAGGAACUCUUCAUUGCGUUAAGUUUGACAGUAUAACUGCUGAACCGGUUUUAUCAGAUGAUAGUAAGUAUCUCCUAUUUGAAAGUUACAAAGAAUAUAAUUGUGUUUGACAGCUGGGGGGUACUGCCAUGUAUGGGCUAUACAGGUAAUUGUGCUGCUGUGAAGGGUAUGGAAUCGAUUUCAAGUAGUUUUGUCUCGACUGGUAUAUAGGGUAUAGAAAUCAGAGAGUUUGGGUCUAGAAUAGGGUAUCAUUGUUCUGGAAAACUGAUUAUAAUAAUAGUCUAGAUUAGGGAAACUAGGAAUUGUUACCAAAAAAUAUAUACUGGCAAAUUUAAAUUUGCCCGCAACUCAGUAAGCUUUGUUUUUACUGGACUGGGCCGGUGACCUCAGUAUUGUCCGGAAGAUAGUGACUUAUGAAAGUUUGGUCUAGUAUAGGGUAGCAAAAUCAGCUAAACUGUUCCUAAAGUAUCCCACCCGGUGUUUGAAACAUGCAUAGUGUGUGAUAAAAACAAAAUCUGACAUGGAAACUGGGCUCCAAGAGUUCACAUGCACUGAGAAAUAGGGAAGAGGGAUUUUUUAAAGUACAGCAUUACACUACUAUAGGUAGUAGCAGUUGCAGUAGAAGUAACAGGAUUCGAAAGUAGUAGUAGUAGUAGUAGUAAUAUUAGAAACUAGUAGUGAAAAAAUAUGUUUAAGCAGCUGCAACUAAAAAGUGAACGCUUAGAAGAGCUCUGAGGGAACAGAGGGUCAACCCAUGAAAGGGAAUCCAGGGGCCCGUUUCUCGAAAGUCCCGAUAAUUAACGGCCCCUGUAGGCUGUUGGCGUUUACAUUAAAGAUCGAAGUUUCAAUAGUUUUGCAUCUAACAUGAUAAAACUAUCAGUUAAUGAAACAAAAUGGCCAGGACCCGCGUUCUCAUUCUUUGCGGGCCGAAAAGUUACCGGGACUUUCGAGAAACGGGCCCCUGGACAGUCUUGAAUUCUGGAUUCAACGCUCUGGAUUUCGGAUUCCAGGUACUGGAUUCCGAUCGUUAAUGGGAUUCCGGAUUCCCUGAGCUGUAUUCCGGAUUCCAUGAGCAAAAUUUUCCCGGAUUCCGGAUUCCCUUACAUGGGGCGAGGAGGGGUUAACAGAACAAAAAAUAGUGAAGAUGUAUUAUUCCUUGUUCUAUCAGCAGUGAAUUACAAGUCUCCCAAGAUUCGACGACUGUCCACUGUAUCAUCGGUGGUUGCAGCAGCAGGCCAUGUUUUUAGCACUAGGUGGCAUUGGUACUGGCAGGAUGAAAAUAACAAGUGGCAGUCGUACGACACUCCAUCUGAUGGACAUGCCAUUAACACCACAAGCAGCCAAUGUCUUGAGAGGGAAUACAUGGCAGGUAAGAAACCCCCUUUCCUCUAAUUUAUUAUAAUCAGUUCCUUGUAUCUCAUAUAUAUUUCAAACCUUUUGUCCUUUUUGGGGAUAAUUUCAGCAGGCCAUACCAUGGAUAAUAGACCUAUUCGGCUAACUCAAUGUUGUACCCAAUUCAAAUCUCCCGGGGAUAAGAUUCUUUGUGUAUUGCAUUUGCAUUAUAAUGUGGCAUUCACAUUUAAAUGAUAUGGAAAUUCCUGAAACAAAACGUUUUAUUCCCAAAGGGUUUGAAUUGGGUACAACAUUGAGUUAGCCGAAUGGGUCUAUGGAUGAAUAUUUGUUUUCAGAUCCUACUCAAACAUCCACAGCUGAGAUACAAUUAAAAAUGCAUACCUUACUAACAUUGUUUUCUUGUUGAAGUUCUGCACUAUUAUUUAGUUUAAAAGUGGCCCAUGGGGAGAGGCCUUGGAGGUCCAUCAACUCCCUCUGAAAACAAACCAAAGACCACAGGACCAAAAAAAAGAUUCCUGUCCAGCCUUUUUCCCACUAGGCUUGGUCUCAGGAGAAUCGUGGGAGCAUUGGCACAACCACGGCUAGAAACUGAAGAGCCUGUCUCCACCCUCCUCAUCCUCAUGUCAAGCUCUAAAAUAAUAAGAGGGCCCCCAGUUACCUUAAGUUCUGGAUCUGUCGUCAUCUCUUAUCGGCAACUAAAAACAAUUUCUUUCUUUCUUUUUUAAUCUUUAAUUGAUGUUUUUCCUUCAGAAAUGGAAUGAUCAAGAGAACAAUUUAAUUCAUUUCAUUUUUUCUUCUUCUUAGAUAAGGAUUGUCAUUCCUUCAGUGCGCUGAACCAAAGCUACACUGUGUACCUCAAUAGAUGGUACCAACAAAAUGAUCUUCAUAAAACCAAAAGCCCUGUUAGAAGGAGGCCUGCUGAGUUUGUUACCAAACAGAAUAUGAAAGAUAUUGCUCAGAGGUACUGUACAUUAAAGCUGAAAAACUAAAACUGUUUCUUUAUACCAUACUGUUUUUAAAAGCUUUCGCCCCGUGCAAAGUAAUCCGAGGCAGUUUUGGAUUCUGGAUUCCUUGUCAAUGGAACUUGGAUUCCAGACCCUUUCACGGGGUCUUUCAACUUUUGACAUAAACCAAUUUGGGAAAAUCUGUCGAAACCACUGGAAAAAGCGCCUCAAAAUUAGUAAACUUGCCAAGUUGGAAAGUGGGAAAGUGAUAUAGGUCUGCGCAGAAAAUUUACACAGCACAAACUUGCCCCCCAUCAUACAAAGGCCUGUAAAUUUUCGCAAAUUUGUGGAGCCAUAUCUUUCCACGGUAAAAACGUAUCACCCUAAAACUUGGCAAGUUUACUAAUUUUAUGGCGCUCUUCGGAUUCCUAGUGGUGUCGACGGAUUUUCCCAAACUUAUCCAUGUAAAUCAUGGCAGUCAGAGAUCGCCGAUGCAACUUCACUAAAUCGCGCGAUAUAGAAUACAACGCCACUACGAUCAUGUGCGAUCGUGAUUGUAACGCCCGGAUCGUAGCCCUGAUACUGAGAUGACGGAUUUGACUUUACUAAAUCGCGAUCGCGAUCACUACGCUUCGAUAAGUAAAAUGUCAUUGCGAUCGCGCCUCGGUCGUAAUACCCUGCGAGCAGAGGUUUCUCUUUUCCUUUUUCAUCCCCUUUUUAGCCUUUUACCCCACUGCGGAGCCUGCUCACUGGCUAGCUUCUCUCUUGCAUGGCUUUUAGCGUUUACGAAGUCAUUCGCGUGGCUUGUUUGUCGCGUAGACAAGCUACGCGAACGAUUUCGUAAACGCUAAAAGCCAAGCAAGAGAGAAACCUCUGCUCCUAGUCUACAGUCGUGCUGGCAUUAUGGAAGUGUAAGCAAAAGAGUAGGACGACUUUGUUUUUACCCUUUAACCGUUGCUUAACUUUAGUACUCCUCUGGUCAUUUAUUUAAUCAGGCGUAGAGCAACUGCCUUGGCCAGUCCAAAAUCAAGUUCAGCGUCAGCAGAACUGGAUUGUUUACCAUCUCACUGGCGCCCUACCUCUGAUGGUGAAGACUUCUCAUGUGUAACACUGGAAACCAUAUCUGAUGAAUACCAGAGGACCGAAAAGAAAUUUCAGGAUACCAUGGAGGGACGUCAUAUGAUUAUCAAGAUAGAGCGAGUGCAGAACCCAGAUUUAUGGAUACGAUACAAUCAGUAUGUGAUUUAUGUCAUUCCUUCUAAUGAAUAUUCUAUUCAACCUCCCCUCAAUAGAGGAGAGUAGGGAUGACGUCACAAAAACUCAAUUUGGAAAAUUUUGAGAUUGGCUGGCAUAUCCAGAAAGAGCAAGACGAAAAAUGUGGCACUUGCUAAUAAUCAGCCUGUUGGUGGAGAUAUAAGCAAUGUUAUGCUCUGAGGACGCCUUAUAAUUUCUCUUAAACAGGGUUGGAUCGUUAACGUUGCGAUCCAAGCUAAUUUUAGAAGGAUUUGUACGCGGUCCUCGAAGCAAAUCGGCGCUUGUAUCUCUUCACCAAAUUGCUCUGAAGGGCUGAUUUUUGGCAAAUUGACCUUUUUCAUCUCUUCCUUAAUUUCACAAAUUUGAAUUUUUGUGACGUCACACUUCGCUUCUCUAUAUUUGCUGUAAUAACAGAGGUCGUGACUUCUAUUAAGGCCAUGCUUUGGAAAGUCAGUUCAAAGCAGGAGUAGAUAAUAUUGAAUUCAAAGCAUUUGUGAUAAGCGAAUGGUGUACUAACCAAGUUGUUAAUCAAAAAGGGAGUAUGCUUGGAUUUUGGAAAGGCUACAAUUCCCUGAAUGCGCCUUUUAACGGUCCUUUAAGGUGGAAAAUGGACAAACCGUUUCUGCAUUGGCCACUGCUGAAUUGAUACACAAAAAGCUAUGGUUUCUGCAAAUUCAGCAAACUCCCAACUCUGAAACUUUGGCUUAAAUUCCCCGAAACUAAACAGAGCAGUUUGCCUAUAUGUUUUCCCAAUGAUUUUGACAGUUAUUUCCUCGUGCGCAUGUCGUGUAAUCCUUGAACGGCAAAUUUCUCAUGCUACGUCAAGCUCGUCAACCCAUUCGAGGACGUCUUCAGAGAGAAUGGGUGUGGUAUUGACAGGUACCUUCAAUCGGCGACAAAAUUGUUUGUGUACUCUCCUCAAAUGGGACAACUUCGAAGAACAAAUCAAUCCAGUCCACACCCGUCCCUCUCCUCUCCUUUCAAAUUUGGGGUAUUUGUUGUUUUUUACAUGUAGCUCGAACAGCGGCACAACAUUGUAUGGACGGGGUAAGGGGGAAUAAAAGCUUUAUUUCCCCCUUUCUUAAAUUGGCGGAACGCCAGAGAGGCCCUUUUGGACAACGUGUCUCAACUAAGUUUGUCGUCGAUUGUAGCUCAGAUAAUGACCCUGCUGGGUUCGGAGAAAAUGCCCUGAUCUCAAACCUAAAUUGCGCUUUAUGUUAGGUAAACGUUGUCUAGUCCUUGUGCGGCGUCUUCCCAUGCCUUCUCGGUCAAUGCAUUUCGGUGACGUAUCCGAGACGAAUGGCUGGGAGACUGAAAAAGUCGCUCGGACCACGUGACUCAAAACGCAUCGUCCGCGCGAAGUAAUGAGGCCUAGGCACUAGGCAAAGUUAAACAUAAGACAAAACCCUAUUUUUCCUUUUUAGGGAAAAAGGUCGCAUGGCCAAAGUGGCUGGCAAAGAACCCGAAGAACGGCAGCUGUUUCACGGAACCAAAUCAGACACCGUCGAUGCCAUCUGCCAGCAGGGCUUUGACUGGCGAAUGUGUGGCAAGCACGGCACAUCGUACGGGAAGGGAAGUUAUUUUGCCUGUAGGGCCAACUACUCGGAUCGCUACACUUCAAGUCAGGUUACAUCCAGGAGUUACAAGCAAAUGUUCCUGGCUAGAGUAUUGGUUGGUUCUUACACCGAUGGUAACAGCUCACUGACUCGUCCACCAGCAAAAGACCCUUCUACCCCUCACGUUUUGUUUGACUCCUGCUGUGAUAACAAAACCAACCCCUCCUUGUUUGUUGUCUUUGAAAAUGGCCAGUCGUACCCAGAGUUUUUAAUCACCUAUAUGUAA